AUGCAGAACCGCAGCGGCAGGAAAGCCUUUGACAGCAUCUGUCCCAACAGGGUGCGAGAUCUGUGCAGCCGGCUAGGCAAGAAGCCAGCCAAGCUCGAGAGGAAGGUGCGUUUGGGAGACGGUCCCGCGCCGCGGAAGAGCUUUGCCAGCACCACUCCAGUGGCAGUUUACAGGGACCAGCCUCCCGACACUGUAGAGCUAGCACUUGCCACUAUCGACUGGCAAGAUUUAGCAGACUGCACCUCGGUCUUUCAGCAGGAGACUUCUAGUGUUGCAGCUGCCCCGCAGAGCCACUGCUUGCAACCUGAACCCGAGUUCGACUUCCAGGAGUUCAGAGAUGCUGUCGAUAGUUUUAUAUGUGACCCAUCCUCCUUAAUGCCACCUCCACUGGACACUGAGGAUUUCACUUUCCCUCUCGGCGACGGAUCAGCCUUUAGCCCUUGUAUUCAACCGUCACAAAACAAUCCUCUUCCGCACAUGAACUUGCAAAACUCCGCGGAACAGUACUGGAAAGAUGUGGCAGACCAAAACCAGAAAGCGUUAGGGGAUGCACUGGUGGAAAACAAUCAGCUGCACGUGACAUUAACCCAAAAGCAGGAAGAGAUCACUUCCCUGAAGGAAAGAAACGUGCAGCUGAAGGAGCUAGCCAGCCAGGCGAAGCAGCUGGCAUGUGUGCUCGAUAAACUGAUGAUCCACCAGCCCAAGGAGGGGGGCGACGCUUUCCUUCCCAGGAGCUCAGCUAAGAGAAGCCUGGAGCAGCUGUACGCGUCCAGGCAGGAGGACUGCGCAGAUGUGGAUGAAAUCCUGAGGGAAAUAUCAGACACCUGUAACGCGGCGCUGCAGACUAUUGAUGAGAACCGAGAGGCGAAGCGCCCUCGGCUGCAGGCGGAGGCAACACGAGCCCCGGACAGCCAGAGCCAGGCUAUUAACAUGUACGGGGCGUUCAGCGGACUGCAGACUUGCCGCAGUCGCAGCUCGGUGGAUCUGAGUAACAGCGAGUUGGAGGAAGGCGUGUCUUUCAGGACCUCCAUCACAGAUCACUGCACGAUCCGGACACUAGGUUUCCCCCAAGGAAAUGCUUUCACUAUCAGGACAGCCACCGGGGGCUACAAGUUUAGAUGGGUUCCCAGCUGA